AUGGAGAAUACAUUUCAAUUCAAUGCAUUCAAUGAUGUUGAUUUGGGUGAUGAUUCACUUACUGCCGACCCUACUUCUAGAUCUGGUGUGUCUACUAGUACUGAAUGCACACCAGAUGAACAUGUUAAUUUGCUUUCUCCUGUUGUUGUUGAAUCUGGGGAUGGGGCUGGAGAUGGGGAUGGGGAUGGGGCUGGGGCUAGGGCUGCGGGUGAAGGUGUGUCAGUUGCCUUCCAAAGGAAGGAAAGGCAAAAGACUUCCAAAGUCUGGAAUGACUUUUCUUCUAUUGAAAUAAAUGGUGUAAAAAAAUUCCAGUGUAAUUGGUGUAAGAGGUUGUUUUCUGUAGGGAAAUCUAGCACUACCUCCACCCUUAGUAGGCAUUUAACUGCUUGUGUGAAGUUUGUGGAGUUGAAUAGCCUUAAGAAGCAAAAGACUUUGUCAUUUGAACCUAGUGAUGGCAGUGAUGGUUUAGGGACCUUGACAAACUUUAGUUUCAAUGAGAAGAAAGUUAGAGAACUUGCUGCCCAUAUGGUACUUCUACAUGAAUAUCCCUUUAAUAUGAUGGAGCAUGAACUUUUUAACAAGUUCAUGAGGGCUUGCACAUCAUACUGGAAAAAAAUUAGUUGUGCCACUGUAAAAAGUGAUUGCAUUGCCACUUAUAACAUUGAAAAGCAAAAGUUGAAAACACUUCUAAGUGGGAUUGAUAGGGUAAACAUAACUACUGAUAUGUGGACCUCCUCCCAAAGGGUUUCAUAUAUGGUGGUUACUUGCCAUUUUGUGGAUUCUAAUUGGCUACUCCAAAAGAGGAUUUUAAAUUUUUGUAAUGUACCUCCUCCACAUUCGGGUGUUGUUAUUGCUGAAGCCUUAAGAAACAGUUUUAUUGAAUGGGGCAUUUUGGAUAAAGUACUUACAAUAACUGUUGAUAAUGCUAGUGCUAAUUCUGCUGCCAUUGACAUUUUGAGAGAUGAUUUUGAGUUGAGGGGUAGUUUGCCUAUUGGGGGGCUUAUGUUUCAUGUUAGGUGCUGUGCUCAUAUUACCAAUUUGUUGGUGCAAGCAGGGCUUUCAGAAAUAGGGGACAUAAUAGAUUCUGUUAGGCAGGGGAUUAAGUAUAUAGUGGCUUCUGAGAGGCGGUUGAAUGCAUUUAGUGAUAUAGCAAAGCGUUUGGACUUGGGUUCUAAUAAACUUGUUUUAGAUGUUCCUACUCGAUGGAAUAGCACCUACUUGAUGUUGAAGACUGCAAUUAGGUUCAAGGAAGUGUUUCCUAGAUACCAUAGAGUAGAGCAAGCUUUUCUGUGGGUGGUAAGUCCUGAACAGUGGGAUAAGGUUGAGAAUGUGAACCAAGUUUUAGCUGUUUUCAAUGAUGUGACCAAUGUUGUCUCUGGAAGUGACUACCCUACAUCCAAUCUGUUUUUACCUGAGGUGUGGAGAAUGAAAGAAAUUGUGGAUAUUAAGGCUGGGGAUAGGAAUGAAUAUAUGAGAUUAAUGUCAGCUAAGAUGAGUGAUAAAUUUGAUAAGUAUUGGGGUGAAUCUAAUAUGGUGAUGGCCUUAGCUGCUGUGUUGGAUCCUAGAUACAAAAUGAAGUUGAUUAGGUUCUGUUUUCCUAUCAUUUAUCCACUUGAUGUUGGUGGUGAUAACAUAAAGGCUGUGCUGAAUACUUUGAAAGAGUUGUUUGAGGUUUAUGUUGCUGCCCAUAAUGCAUCUAUCAUUCAACAACAAGUAGCUAUUGAAGUCAUUGCUACUACUACUACAAUUGCCUCUGUUACAGAGGAAGUUUCUGGUGGUAGAUCACGGUUUAGGCAACAUGUUAGAAGCAAUGACAUCAUCCGGCCCAUAAAAACUGAUUUGGAUGUUUAUCUUGAAGAAGAUGUAUUCAUUUUUGAUAGUGAGAAUGGUGAAGAUAGUGAUGCAAACUUUGAUGCUUUGGGAUGGUGGAAAUCCAAUACCUUAAAGUACCGCAUCUUAUCGAAGAUGUCACAGGAUGUAUUGGCCGUUCCAAUCAGUACAGUUGCUUCAGAAUCAUCUCUUAGUGUUGGUGGUAGAGUUAUUGAACCCCAUAGAGCAUCAUUAUCAAUUGAUAUUGUUUAG